AUGCACGUGUCGCAGUCGGGCCAGACCGCGUGCCGCAAGUGCGCCAUGCCGGAGAUGUGGGACGAGGUAGAGGGUAGCGACGACUACGACAGGUGCAUGACUUGUCCGCUCUGGCAGCACAGCCUCGAAGACGGCCCCCUGACCACCGUGUGCACGAGCUGCUUCGCUUCCGCGGACGUCAUGCUGUCCAUGAGCAACUGCGGGGUCAUGACCAUGUUGAUAAUCACUGCAUUCUUGUGUUCUGUGAGUGGCAUGCUAUACUUGGUCAGGGAGCUUAAGUUGCUAUUCAAGGAGACAUCCUCGAGACAGUUCGUGGAUGCCCAGCAGAAGCUGCUCGAGAACCCCGAAGAGGAUCCAGAGAUCGCGGACCCUCAAGAAGCUGCUCGAGAAGCUACCCGAGAAGUUUCUCAGGAAGAUCGUCGAGAAGUUUCUCGAGAAGGUACUCGGCCUGAGGUCGCGGACCCUCCAGUAAAUCCAGAGGGGGCCUGCUAG